CUAAUCUCUCUCUUCUUUCUCUCUCAUUUGGGUAUCAAGAAAAGCACCUUCCAUGGCUGUCUGCUUUUCCUUUUAUACUUCAUCUUGAAGAAGAAGACGCUCAUGAGCUGAAGACGAUCAUAAUCCUCACAGAAUCAGAAGACGAAACAACAACAUUCGAUUAUCAUUUUUUUUUCAUUUUUUUUUCUCCAGAUUUCGUUUUGAAUGGAAUUGGACAACAUUGAAUGUGUAACAUCAUCCGAUGGAGUUGAUGAGAACGAGAUCCGUCAACUUCAUCAUCCUCAAUCUCAGUUUUCGUCUUCAAAGCGCCACAUUAACGUUGGACUUCAUUCAACUACAAGUGUUCAUGAACUUCUCGAAUGUCCUGUUUGUACUAAUUCUAUGUAUCCUCCAAUACAUCAGUGUCACAAUGGGCAUACACUUUGUUCUACCUGCAAAGCAAGAGUGUACAACAGAUGCCCAACUUGUAGACAAGAGCUUGGCGAUAUAAGGUGCUUAGCGUUAGAAAAAAUAGCUGAAUCGCUCGAAUUUCCUUGCAAGUAUUGCUCUCUUGGUUGCCCCGAUAUAUUCCCUUACUACAGCAAGCUGAAGCACGAGGCCAUUUGUAAUUUUAGACCUUACAGUUGUCCAUACGCUGGUUCUGAAUGCUUGGUUGUUGGUGACAUUCCAUAUCUCGUCACUCAUUUGCGCGACGAUCAUAGGGUUGACAUGCAUUCAGGCUGCACUUUUAAUCAUCGAUAUGUCAAGUCAAAUCCUCGAGAAGUGGAGAAUGCCACCUGGAUGUUAACUAUCUUCAAUUGUUUCGGGCAGUAUUUUUGUCUUCACUUCGAAGCAUUUCAGCUAGGAAUGGCCCCGGUUUACAUGGCAUUUUUGCGAUUCAUGGGCGACGAAAACGAGGCUAGAAGCUACAGUUACAGUCUGGAGGUAGGAGGGAAUGGAAGGAAGCUGAUAUGGGAAGGGACACCUAGAAGCAUAAGAGAUAGUCACAGAAAGGUAAGAGAUAGUCAUGAUGGUCUUGUGAUUCAGAGAAAUAUGGCUCUUUUCUUCUCUGGUGGAGACAGGAAAGAAUUAAAACUUAGGGUUACUGGUAGGAUAUGGAAAGAACAUCAGAAUUCAGAUGGUGGUGUUGUUGUUGGUGGUGGUGGAGGAGGAGGAGCAUCCUCCAUACCUCAAAAUCUAUGUAAUUAGAAGUUAGAAACUCUUUCUUUAAUUUGCUGACCAAACUUGAUGGAAUCUUUUAUAUAUAUGUGUUGUGACAUUAAAUGAAUGAUGAUGAUGUAUAAUCUGAUUUUUUAUUGUUAAGACUUGGGUUUUGAUUGUAAGGUCAUUUCUAAUCAUAACUUAGUAUGGAUGAGUCUUUUGUUUUCUUA